AUGGGGGAACCUUCGCCUUCCGACUUGCCUGGAGAGACAGACUCCCAGAGGCGCCUCCCCUCGCCUCACCGCGGACGUGCUCGACGCCAGGAAAACAGCGGAGACGAAGAGAAUCAGCGAGAGAGAAGUUGCUCACGAGUGCAACGAGACACGACUCUCUCGGCGCUUCCCGAGCAACCUGCCUCACUUGCCUCCUUGUCUCCCCGGGUCCGCCGACUAGCGUCUUCCCCUCCUUCUUCCUCUGCUUCAUCUUCUUCCUCUUCUGCACCUUCUUCAUCUUCUGCACCUUCUUCCUCUGCUUCAUCUUCUUCCUCUGCUGCACCUUCUUCCUCUCGCUGUUCGUCUUCUCCCAUGCAGAGGCGAGUCCUGACGUCUGACGGCGGCGGAGGGAACACUGCAGGGGCGCUCGCGAGCGCGAGGCGACGCGCUGGGCGCACGGAGGCCUCGAAAACCGGCGGAGAUGAACAGCUGGACGACGAGGCUUCUCGCGUACAUACAGCCGGCGAGCAACCACAGGAGCAAAGACGACGAGCCCGCUGUCGCGUGGGGAGCAAAGGAGGCAGACGAAGAGGCAACAGCUUGCGUCGGGGAGCAAGGCGACACUCCGAAGAACGCCAUUGCAUGCCUCCGUCCCCGUCCUUCGCGUCUUCGUCUCUCUCGCCGGCUGAAGAGAGGCGCCAGGCGGCGACGCCCAGUUCCCUGCCUCUCGCUUCCUCUCCUCUCUCCAGCUGUCCUCUGUUCCUGCGUCCGCUACGUGUCUCCUUGUUGAUUUCACUGCUCUUCGCCCUCGGUCUCGGCGUCCUUCUCUUCUUGGCGACCCCCCUGACUCUGCGGAACGGCGCCCGCGACUCCCAGCAACUUUUCCUCCCCUACUGCAACAAGACAAGGAACCUGCCCCUUGCCCUCGUCGACAACUCGCCUGCGCCUCCUCCGCCUGCGCUCGCUGCCCGCUCGCGGGAUUGUGUGCCUUGUCCCGCGCAUGCAGUUUGUUUGAACGGCGAGAUGCGUUGUGUGCCGCCCUACAUUCAAGCCUCGACGCGCUCGGCGGCGCUUGAGAGUUUGUUGGCGCGCUUCGGCGUGCGCGCGACGUUUCUCAGGAGUUUCUUCGUCCUGUCGGGCCUCUCCCGCGGGGAAGACGCGUCCUCCUGUGUCGAGGACGAGGCGGCAAAGGAGACAGCGAAACGCGUCACAGACGCCGUUGUUCUCUUUCUCCGGAGCAAAGCUGGAAAGGCGCAGUGUGCCUCCUUCGCUCCCCUCGGCUCUCAGCAGUCUCAGCAGAGUCCGCGGCCUGCGUCGGCGCCGCCCUGCGAAGAGGGCGUGGAAAGUGGACGGGGCGCGAGACACACUGUCGGAUGUCCAGACAAGAGCGUUUUUCAAGGCCGAGACCGAGACGCAACGUUCGCGAGAAGAACCGAGAAAAUGUUUGCGGAGACUCGCGGGACGGAAGACAUCGAGGAACACAGCGGUCGCAGCAGCCUCUCUGGCAGGACAUCAAAGUCUUCUGGGGCGCUCUCAGGCGAGAGGUCCGCGCGCGAGUCCAGGCCAUCCGAAAGCGCCACGAGGUGGGAGAUCAUUCAACUUGCCCAAGUCAAGGACCUCCUCGAAGACGACAAUGUCUACGCGUAUGUGUUCAACCACUUUCUCGACGAGGAGACCGCGGAACGCAACUUCUCUGUCCGAGUUGAACAGACUUACUCCUUCCAGUCACUUGACUUGGUUGUUCCGACAGAGAACGCCGGUCACGCGGGAUCACGUACACUUACACAUACACUGGACUUCACGCUCUGA